AUGAAUAGCUACCUGCUCCAUGAAUCGGCUACUGCUGCUCUUCGGAGGCGGCUGAGUUGCAUGCAUGCAAAUCAGCUGCAUCGGGCGCAAAAGGCGUUAUCCCUCUACGGCCACGACUGCACGCCUGGCGUAUGCGCACCUAAGGUACGGUGUGCGGGCUUCUUGCAACGCCGUGUGGAAAAGUUGACUGUCAAUCAUCUAGCAGCAGUUACUAGAGCCUCUCGUUAUUUCUACUCGCGGGCUGCUACUGCCGCUGCUGUCCGUUGCGGCAGCAGCAACAAAGCCAGCAGCAGCAGAGCAGAAAAUGGGGACGCUUUAUCUGCUGUUACGCCCCCGUCUUUUCCUUCGGUACGGGUGACUGACAGCAGUAGCCAUUGGCUGCCGUCCCUAGCGAGGGCGACAAUACGACAGGACAUUUCAUUCUGCCGCCUCUCCGAUGCUGCUAAGGGUAACUGCAGCUCAGCAGAUGUACAGACAGUAAAACAGAAGGCACUCGCCACUGUCAGAAGAGAAGGGUGGUCUGUCCCAGGAGUUGCGGUGGUGCUCUUCUCGGCACAGUGGAGUGAGCCCUCUCGCGUACUGCAGCAGUGGCUGUCUGUUCGCCUAUCUGCUCUCUUGCCCUUUAGGAAUUCCGAAGACAAAGGAGAAAACGUCGUUGAGUUUGUAGCUGUCGGAAGCGAAGAAGCACCUGUCAUGCUGAGGGUUUUUGGUGUCGCUUCGCUGCCCCAUUGCCUGCUGAUGGCCAACGGCCACGUUGUUUGCGAACUGCCUGCUGGGGCCUCUUCUGCGCGUCACGAGGCGUUUAUAGCGGCGGUUUCGGCGGCUGCCUCGACGGCUCCUCAACACAUGGAACAAGCCGGUGCUUGUGCACCCGUUCUGUCGCAGACACUGCUGCAUAAGCUGAAGGAGGAUCUGCUUGUCUCCGCCGACACCAGCGAGCACAACAAACAGUCUCCUCCACCCCGUAGAACCUUUGGCAUGAAGAACUUAAGGGGGAAUUCAGCCCUUCAGCCCUCUUUGGGGUCAGAUAGCAACGACAGACAUCAGGCAGCCACUCAUGCUGGCUACUUGCUCGACUCAGAUGAACGCGCAUCCCAGCUGACCGCCCUUGCCACAGUUGCACUCUUCGACGUCCCUGAAGUUCACACGCCCGUGGGAUCUCCAGGGUUUGCACGAGUUGCUUUCCUGGGCUAUGCAGAAGAGGAGGGGCUCAGCAAAAAGGUCGGGGGAAGCGCCACCUUUCUAAACAAGAGCUUGUUUGCCAAAGCGCAGGGAGCGCAGCCACUCCGGCUGCCGCAGAACCCAUCAGCAACUCCAACAAUCGCAACAGACGCAGGAGCAGAAACACCAAGAACAACAACAGCAGAAGCAAUUAAUGCGUCGCUUUCCGAGGAGUGUUUGAAGGUCGAGUUGUGGAGGCUAGCCGAAUGGCUGGCGAGAACCAGUCGUUGCUUGUCUGCCCGUCUGUUCUUGGAUACGGCCGAGGCUUCCGGUUUGGAACUGGCGAUGACGAGCCACGUUGAUUGGCUGAAGGACGCAGCGCAGUGUAAUUACAUGCAAGUUAAUGCCAUGGGGUGCAAGGAGAAGACAGCAAGGGUAAGCACACGUUCGGCAGCUUCGCAGGACAAGCUGCAGCAGCCCAGGGCACUGCAUGACAAAAAAGGAACCGAAGUGCGAGGGGUCCAUCCUUUCAAUGCUUGUGCUCCGUCGAAACGAGGGGAAACUGCGGUAACUUCGAAACGGGAAAGAUAUUGA